AUGAUGCCGGGCCGCAUGGCGCCCUCUUUCAUCCAUUUUCACCUUUGCGUCAAGACCAUAGUAGCUCGCAGUACUUGCGAAGCGUCUCCGGCUGUUCUUGCAUCUGGAGCAAGACAGGUCGGCAUCACUCUUGCCUGGACUUGUGACCUCCAGCCAUUCGUCACCGUCACCGUCACCGUCCCCUGUCCCUUUGACUUCAAGUUGGUUCUGACUAUUGUGCGGAUGCUUGGGUCUCUUUGUCUGGCUCUCGAGAGCUGCUUCGAAAGUGUAUUCGAACAAGGUUCUUGGUUUCUGCCCCAACGACGACAGGGAGGUAUCGCUAAACUCGGCUUCCGUGCUCUGUCUGCUGUUGUUGGAACUGGAUUUUGCGCCCUUGCACUCGGCGCAGAGUGGCCCUUCAUGAUGCCGAAACUCGCGCGCGACAACAAGGCCUUCGCAACAGUGGCCGAGACGCCGGGCACUGAGGGCCCUGGGACAGUAACGAUUUCUGCGGCGUUGCCCUAG